AUGUUUAGAACGCUGUUUGCCGGAAGGGUCUCUGCUAUAGCAACAAAACCAUCACAACCACUAUCCGGUAUGCUGAUGGGUCUAUCACUUACUAGAACAUCUGUUAAGCCAGUAAUGCAAUUAUCCAAACACAAUGCAUUUACUACCUCAGGAGUGUUUAAUGCAACUGUUAAUCAAAUCAGGAGAGGAUCCGGUCCACCUAGACGUAAGAAGAUUUGUGUAUCUCCGGAUUUAGAGAGAUCACCAUUCAAAAAAGGUGUUGUCCUGAGAGUCAUGGUCUUGAAACCAAAGAAACCUAACUCUGCACAACGGAAGGCCUGUAGAGUCAGGCUCACGAAUGGUAGAAUUGUAUCUGCUUACAUUCCAGGUGAAGGUCACAAUGCACAAGAACAUAGUAUUGUAUAUGUGAGAGGUGGUAGAUGUCAAGAUCUACCUGGUGUGAAAUACCAUCUUGUAAGAGGUGCUGGGGAUCUAAGUGGUGUUGUAAACAGAAUAUCAUCUAGAUCGAAGUAUGGUGUAAAGAAGCCAACUUCAGAGCAAUAG